AUACCAUGAAGUUGGUUUGAACAUUUGUUAAAUAGGUUUCCUUUCCGUUCAUUGGCUUCAUCGGGCGCUGAUUUGGGUUAGAUCGGGUUCAGCAGAACACGAACGAUGACUAUGAAGGCAACCCUGCAUCCUCUCUAGGACAAAUUCAAGAAGCCUACCGCAAGAUUUGCUUCCCGAGUGAGAUGAAUCUGCAAGGGGAGGAAAGGUGACAAAUCAGUUGUCCGAAUCAUUGUGAUGUGUUCUUUGGCUACAAUAAAUAGACUUUCCAAUGGAGGAGACCAGACAUUAACUGUAGAACCUAAUUUAGCUGUUGAAUUAGGGAUAGGUAAUCGAGGAGUUUCAUCCAGAAACUAAGAAUUCUACCUACUCUAUCUUCUUUGCUAUGUUUGGGUUUGAUGAAGGCCGUCAAAAUUACUGACUCGAGUGUUUGACAACCUCGUGAAGAUGAAUCUCCAUCCGCAUGGCUCAAUCAAUUUAGAUCAUGCAUCACAUAUAAAUUUGCUUAUUAGUUGAGGAUGGCUAUAAUAGAUGUUUCACCAACCAUUGUUUCUUUCGGUGGAGUCGAAAGCUACUCCUCCCGUAGGAGUGUAGUGUAGCACAUGCUCUACUGGAAUCUCUAUAUAUAGACCCCCUGAACGCCAGAGCUCCUCCACAUACGAAAGAAGAGAUGGGAUUGCUUCUCUUGGUCACUACUUCUUUUCUGCUUACAGUAGCAUCAUCUCUCAGAGAUGUUCCUCGUAGCUCAUGUUCUUCCAAGGACAAGGUUGAUGAGCUCCACCACCUCAACAGCUCCGGCAUCCACUUCACGCUCCACCACCCCAGGAGCCCCUGCUCCCCUGCCCCUUUCCCCUCCCUCUCCUUCUCCGCCAUCCUCUCCCACGACGAUGCCCGUGUCCGCUCCCUCGCCGCCCGCCUCCGCAACACCACUCUCGCCCCGUCCCGGUCCUCCCUCAUCCUCCACCCCGACGCCGCCUCCAUCCCCCUCUCCUCCGGCACCUCUGUCGGCGUCGGCAACUACGUCACCCGCGUCGGCCUUGGCACCCCGGUCAAGUCCUACGUCAUGGUCGUCGAUACCGGCUCCUCCCUUUCCUGGCUCCAGUGCUCCCCUUGCCGCGUCUCGUGCCACUCCCAGGUCGGCGCCGUCUUCGACCCCGCCGCUUCGGCCACCUAUCGCUCGGUCUCGUGCUCUGCGCCGGAGUGCCAUGGCCUCCUGUCCGCCACUCUCAACCCUUCCUCAUGCUCUGUCGCCAACGUCUGCAUCUAUCAGGCGAGCUACGGCGACACCUCUUUCUCCGUCGGCUACCUCGGCAAGGACAGCCUUUCCUUGGGCUCAACGCGAGCUCUCGCUGACUUCGUCUACGGCUGUGGCCAGGACAACGAGGGCCUCUUCGGCAAGUCGGCCGGCCUCAUUGGCCUGGCACGCAACGAGCUCUCCCUGCUGUCUCAACUCGGGCCAAGGCUCGGUCAUUCCUUCUCUUACUGCCUUCCGACCAUGGUGUCCACCGGAUACCUGUCGAUUGGUUCGUACAACCCAGCACGGUUUUCGUACACUCCCAUGGUGUCGAGCUCGCUGGACGACACCCUUUACUUCGUCAGGCUGACGGGCGUCACGGUCGGCGGGAAGAACUUGCCGGUAAGAGCGUCGGCGUACACCGGGACACCGACGAUCAUCGACUCGGGGACAGUGAUCACGCGGCUGCCGCUGGACGUGUACACCGCACUCAGCAACGCGAUCGUGGCGGCUCUCAAGAGGUACAAGCGGGCGCCGGCGUACUCGAUUUUGGACACGUGCUUCAGGGGGACCGUGAAGGCGUCGGCGGUGCCGGCGGUAAACAUGGUGUUCGAAGGCGGCGCGACAUUGAAGCUGGCGCCGAGGAACGUAAUUAUCAACGUGGAUGAUGCGACGACGACGUGCUUGGCGUUUGCGCCGUCAGGGAGGGUGGCGAUCAUCGGGAACAGGCAGCAGCAGACGUUUAACGUGGUUUAUGACGUCGCCAAGUCGAGGAUUGGAUUUGCUGCAGGCGGGUGCAGCUGAUACAGACAGCUGGUGGUGGUGGUGGUGGUGGUUGUAAGAGUAGUAGUACACGAGCAUUAAGUGGAUAAUACAUUGUGCUUUGGGCUGUUAAUGAAAGCUUACACGUAAUAAUUGGCUUUAAUGAUUCCCUAAUGGGAACUCUUUACACUUCA